GCGCGCCAGAGGCCCGUCUUCAACCCAGCGCUGCAGGCCGCUGUCGCUUCGGAGGGGCGGAGGGGCGAGGCCUGUGUGGCGAGCGGAUGAGAGGAGGCUCCGGAACAAACCGAGGAGAGUUUGGGGGACGGUUGUGCGAGAUGGAAAUGGCGUAGAUAACGGCGGGGAAGAUUUGAGGGGCCUAAGCACAGUCGUCUCUGUACUUUGCAAAAGUCUGAGGCUUUCUAGGCUUCGUCUCAUUGCCUCCAUCUUGCUCUGCGUAGGUUUUUUGGGGGUAGCACCUUUGCUCCUCGUUAUCGCUCUGUUGAUUCCAGAAUCCUGUGCUCUUCCGCCCCUUGCUGGAACACCAUGCCGAGACCCCAGAAGAGGCUGGCUGGGGCUGCUGGCCCAGACAAGAAGGGGCUAUCGGGAAAACGUACCAAAACUGAGGAUGCUGGUGAGGUAUCAGCUAAAGUAGAGAACUCCAGCCCUCAGAAGACUUCAGCCUCUAAAAACUCUGUGAAGAAGCUAAGCAGCUACUGGUUGAUGAAGUCAGAGCCAGAAAGCCGAUUAGAGAAAGGUGUAGAUAUGAAGUUUGGCAUUGAGGAUCUCAAAGCACAGCCUAAGCAGACAACAUGCUGGGAUGGUGUUCGCAACUACCAGGCUCGGAACUUCCUUAGGGCCAUGAAGCUGGAAGAAGAAGCUUUCUUCUACCAUAGCAACUGCAAAGAGCCAGGCAUCGCAGGACUUAUGAAGAUUGUGAAGGAGGCUUACCCAGAUCACACACAGUUUGAGAAAAACAAUCCCCAUUAUGAUCCAUCCAGCAAAGAGGAUAACCCCAAAUGGUCCAUGGUGGAUGUACAGUUUGUUCGGAUGAUGAAGCGUUUCAUCCCCUUGGCUGAGCUCAAAACUUAUCAUCAAGCUCACAAAGCUACUGGUGGCCCCUUAAAAAAUAUGGCUCUUUUCACUCGCCAGAGACUCUCAAUUCAGCCCUUGACCCAAGGAAUGUCGGCCUCCCUAUUCUGUCCCUACAGCAUCCAGGAGCCCAGAGAAGAUGCCUGUGCCUCACCUGCUGCUUGAAGUAGCGCCGCUCCUCCUCGUCUAUCAGCACCAGGUUGAGGUCUUGUUGCAGCUUCUGAAUGUCCUCUCCGAAACAGAGAGCAAGGAGGAGCAGAUGAGUGGGAAUGGCACGGAGAUAUUAUUAUUAAACAUCUGUUGAUUACA